AGAGGACAAAAGCUUACAAAUGAAAUGAACAAUAUUAGGGAAAUGAGCUUAGAAAUAAAUAAAAAGUUUAGUUUUAUCAUCUCAAAGUUUUUUUUAAUUAUCAUAUCUAAUACUCCAAGACUUUCUAACAAAAACGAAAUUAAUGAGUAGAAAACAAAACGCAUAAUCAAAAUUAAUCAUCGGAACGGGAAGGGGAGUUUGUGUUGAUAAACUAUAGUUUCUCUUAAUAUUUUCAAAGUUUCUCUAGUGCGGCAUAAUUAUAAUGUACUGUUAGUACUUUAAUCAAUUUGAAAUAAUGGCAGCUGCUAACGAAGACGAGAUAUUAGAAGGUUUUCUGUGUCCUAUAUGCAAAGCGGAUCUAAAAUCUGCUUCGCAACUCACGAGUCACUUCGAGAGUCUGCACCAAGAGGAACAAGACGUCCUUAAAUCCCUGAAGGACAUAUUCGGGAAAGCUAAGAAAAUAAUACUCAACAAUGAUGAUACCGACCUCAAAGAGGCCUUUGAUAAAGCGUUAAAAUUUAACUACCAAGAGGAGGCUUAUUAUUCACAAGAACAAGUAGUAGGUGUGUCUCGCAGUUCUAUGGACUAUUUUAAAGCAGUAAGGUCAGCUAGACUAGAGAGGUAUGCUACAGAGACCAAUAAGUUAUUGAUAAGACUAGACAAAUUAGUGUGCAAUAUGCCAACCGAACCAAAUCAACGAAAACAAUUUGAGCAACAGAUUGUGCCGUGGCUAGAUGGUUCUUCCGUCAAACUCUGUCCUAACUGUGCUAAAGCCUUCAACAUCACAAGAAGAAAACAUCACUGCAGGCUCUGUGGAUCUAUAUUAUGUCACGACUGUUCACUUUUCCUAGACUUAAACAUAGCCCGAGCAAUUGUUGAUCCAUCAGCACCAAUUUCUACAGAAGAACAGGACCAAGAAUCACUGGAGAAGAAUGGUCUCAGGCUAUGUGAACAUUGUUACAAUCUUGUUGAACUAAGAAAACAGGUGCAAGAUAGUAGAAAUGCGAAGACUGUAGUUAUGACUGCCUAUGAACAGAUGAGAAGUUUGAUGGAGCAAGCCAGGCCUGCUGUUGCUAUGUAUGAAAAGAUGUGUCAAAGCCUUUUUGAUGGUGAGACAACGUACAACCUAUCAGACGUGAAUGCGAUGCGUGGUCGCAUUGGCAAGCUGGCCGAGGGUAUAGAUUUACUGAGCAAGCAGAUUGCGGCGCACCCUGUCACUCCCGGUACCCGCCAGGCGCGCCUUCAUUCUGCCAUCAGGCAGGCAGCAGCUCACUAUAUUAAGGAAGAUCUAUUAUCCUUGCGCAAGUUGCCGACUGAAGCGCAGAUAGAGGAUGUGCGCCGGCAGCGGUACGAGCGGGCCGAGAGACAAAUACAGUUGGAGCGACGGAGAUUGGAGGCUGAGGGGCUUCGGGCCAAUGAGACUGCUAGUUCUAGUGGCGUCUCAGUGGCAGAACGAGUCCAUGAUGAUGACGAUGACCCGUUGCUGGAACAGAUGAACAUCAUCCGGGGGUACAUCAAGGAGGCCAGGAAGGAGUUGAGGUUCGAAGAAGUGGCGAUAUUAGAAGCUAAUCUUAAAGAACUGAAGAAAGAAUACCAAUUUCAAAAGCUCUCCAAUAAACCCUAGUCAUUUGUGAAGUAACUUUUAGCAAAUCAUUCAAUAUUAUAAAUAUAGCAUUUCUUUUUUCUAGUUAUAAUAAUAUUUAUUAUAUUUAAGUGCAAUUUGUACCUUUUAUAGGGGUAUAAAAAAGUAAUAAAGCUAUUUACAAAUUCAAUAUUUUCAUUUAUUAACGAUGCUCCUCUUAAACAAGGUUUGUUGUGUAUGUAUUUAAAAAAACAAAAAUAUUUUACAUAUAUUUUAGGACAGGCACACGAUUCAAUGGAUCCGUAGUAUAUGUAUCUAACUUUUAAAAGUUCCCUAAAGAACAUCUAUUAUAUUAAAGGUGUUAAAAAAGAGAUAUAAAAAUAUAUUAUCUAGCGAUAGCUGACUGACACGAUGUUAUGGAUCUGUUGUAUUUUUAUCUUUGCACUUCCCGAGUUUCUCCAAUUGCUUUAGCAUUUGCGGUCUUGUACAGAGCGCCUUCUUUAUGGCCUCGUCGAGCAGUUGUCGCUGGUAGAAGGGCGGAAUGGGCGUGUCUUCUAGAUGGAACGUGUGCACCCGCCCUGUCGUAUCUCCAACGAAUACGUUGUCUCCCGAUGCGGAGAACUUUAUAUAUGUCAGCACCACGUUAUUGGGGAACGAAUACUCAGCGCACGGCAUGUGAUUCUUGCGACGGAGGUCCCAUAUAGACAACACGUUGCCACUUAUCGAUAUGAUGACUGUAGAAUUUAUCGGGCAGAAAGCGACGCCGUAAACCGCCGACGGACAGUUCAAAGUCAUAAUGACGUCAUCCACGCCCUCCAACCACAACCUGACAGUGUUAUCUGCCCCGCAGGACACCAGCAAACAUUUCAUGAACGGCGAAAAAUCCAUGCUAUAUACGGGCCCUGAAUGUGCCCGGAACACAUCCAUGUGCUGGUUCAAGUAGUGCGUCGAACAUUUGUGUAUACAUCCCUCGUCGCUGCCCACUAUGUAGAUGUGGUCGAUGCUAGGAUGCCACUUCAUGCACAAUGCCGCAGGGUAGCGGGUUAUGGGAACGUCCACCUUCAGACACGGCUUGCCUGACUCUAUUCCUUUCAUCUUACCCUCUACAGUGGACAAGCGCAUCAUAGGAGUACAGAUAAAGUCAUGCGUCUUAGUGUUAAUGAAUUUAUUGAUUCGUCCGUCUUGACACGCGGUCAUAACGUACUCCGUUUUCCCUUCUAACGAGCGCCAGGACGUCACCCAGAUAGGUUCAAAGCAGGGAUUGGUGUCUCGUUUGCUCUGAGCUAUUUGCUUGACAGGAUAAGAUGUAAUAUCCAAUAUGAGGACGUCGCCAUUAGCAAACCCACACGCUAACCAGUUGGGGUUUCUUUCUGAAAAUGACACAGCUGUGAGUGGAUCGUCAAAGCGGUAUAUUCUUUCUGGCUUACAAGGGUUCUUUGUACACCAAAUAGCAACAACGCCAUCGUAAUUCUCGGCAUGCCCGAACUUUCCGUGUCCUACAGCUAUAAUGUUUUCAUUUUUCGGAUUGAACGAUAUGCUGGUAAUCGGACGAUUUAUUGUGUCUUCGCAUUCGAACGUCCACAAUGGUUUCAUUGUGUAAGUGUAUAUCAACUCUAACGACAAUGGAUUCAUUGGAACUAGACCUCGGAACCUUUUUUGUUGCUUUGAAUACUCCAGAGUGGACAGUACACGUUCUGCUAAAAGGACUGCAUCCAUGAAUUCGGCGGUAGGAGCGAUUUCUUCAAAAGUUUUGCCUUUUCUCAAACUAACUUCUUCGGUUUUUAUUUUCUUUUUACGCAACAAUGUCGGUUCCGCUGACUGGUACAGAACCAUUUCGUCUGGUUCUUCUUGGGGUUUGAAUAGCGCUAACCUAGCAUAAGUAUCGUGCAUAUCCCACAUGGACGCGAAUGCCAUGGCGUUUUUCUUCUCCGGUCUAGUCGCAAGAGUAUGCCGAGAUUGGAACACGCUUUCUUUGGUUUGAGUCUCCUCUAUAACCAUUUUUCUGUUUCUGCCUUUACCCACCGUUAUGUAUUGAUAGUAUUCGUUUUCUUCUUCGAUGGCAUUACCUUCGGUCGUCCCCUUGUCAUAUGAAAACGAGGGUAACUCGAACAAGAAUUGGGUUUCGGUCUCUUUAAGCACGACGAAUAUUUCCGGUGGGUAAGACAUGACGGGAUAGAGUUUAGGCAAGUAAAACGCGGAUGGUGCAAUGUCUAAAUCGACGUCCUGUGAUAGAAAUCCCUCCUCGGUAUUGUAUGUGUGAUCGAUAUGGAUGUCGUCAAGGGAGAUCGUGGUGGCGUACACUUUCAUUCCCGUGUCUAUGGCGGAUUUGGUCCUGGAUUUGGAGUCUUUGAGCGCCAAUUCGCUUUUGAUGCGCGCUUUGCUUUCGAAAGCGGCGUGGCUGAACAUACCCUCCAUAGUGACAUACUGGGUGUCCACAAUGUUGUCUGGCGUACAGUCGACCCCGUCCACCACAACUUUGUACAUUUCCCGUUUCUCCAUAAAACUGUGGGUAGUGAGUCUACUGACUUUCGAUGGGGACUCAUCGCAGCUGUUUAGUGAUGUUCUGCAACUACUACGAUCUUUUAUCUCCCGAGAACCUUCACUGACGAGGAUAGACAUUAUUUUUGUUAAUAUAAAUGAUUUAUAUAAGCAAUGUACAGAUAUUUACCUGCUAAACCAGAUAAACUAUGACUUUAGGACUUAAUAACUUUACAAUAAUACCUGCUUAAGUAAACAGAUAGAUGCAGGAAAUAUCAAAUAAAUAUUAUACUUUGUCAUAAUGAUGACAUAAACAGGAAUUGUCAAUAGUACAUGUUUUUUUAUAUUUGGCAACAAAAACAUAUUUAUGAAGUUUGUUGUAGAGGUUCUUCAAUAUUUAUGUUUUUCCAAGCUUUUUCUCUUUUUAGACAUAAGCUAUUCGGUUGUGCAAGUAUAUCACACAUUCGUCGCGCUUGGCGAGAGGUUUUGCUUAGCCAAGCAAGCCAAGCGCACUUCCGCUGUAAAGUACGGCUUCGGAAUUGUAAGUUCAAAGCACUGUUAAAUUAGGGUUCUACAGCUUAGCUUUACGUUUUUUUUAUUCGUUGUUCGUACAUUAUAUAGGUUUUCAGCAAACAAUAUAUUAAUUACAUAAACCUUGAUUUUUAGUUUCGGUCAACUUCUAUCGAUAGAUUUUUAAAUAAAAAAUUUCGGAUUUCUUAGGAAAAUGCUAAUUGAUUCUUUUGAUGAUAAUUGGAAUAAAGGUACACUUGCAUUUCUUUUCAAAAUUAUAACACCUAACUGCCAACGAAACCGAGACUAGAUAUUUCAGUUAGUACUUAUGUGAAAAAACUUCCAACACAUUACACAUUUUUACUUUACCUUAGAGAUACUUACAUGACAUGACAAUUGACUCAAAUAUGUCGGGCAAUCCAUGCCUUUUCCAACCUGCUGUCCUAUUCUGUAAGAUCAAUCUCACUUCUCACAACGGAAUCCAUGUGCGAUUUGAAAGUAGAAUACAAAUCGCACCUCAGGAG